GGUGCAGCCCGCGGCGGGACCGGGACCGGACGAGGACGAGGGGCCCGGGACGAGGACGGGCGUCCGGGGAAGCCAGGCCGGCGGGCGGGACGCGCGCUGGGCCACGGCGUGCUCCGGGCCGGGGGCAGCGCCGUGGACGCCGUGGAGGCGGCGGUGGCGGCGCUGGAGGACGACCCCGAGUUCAACGCAGGCACUGCUUUCUGACUGACCAAGGUGCAGCGAAAUUUGCAGCAGACAUGGGGGUCCAGAAGAUUCCUGAGGAGCAGCUGGUGACGGAGAGGAGCAGAAAGCACCUGGAAAAGGAGAAGCGGGAGAAAGGCGCCCUGAGUCCCGACUGUCCCAAGUGAACCAGACCCUUCAUGCCCAGACAUGGACCCUAUGCCUGCUCCCUCUGCGGGGCAGGAGCCUUGGUCUGGGCCUGCAGCACCAUGCGGUUGCCACUGGAGGGGGCAGUGCUGGAAACACAGGGAAAACUCCUUGAGUCCCAGGGUGAAGUCCUGAGAGAAAGGUGGGAUCUGAAAUCCCAAAAGCUCUGGUCCUGCUUCUGUAGCAGGUGUGCUGGCCCAGAGGACCCUGUGGGGACACUGAGGGGGACACCCUGGCCCACAGUGCCUCCCUAGGCGGAGCCUCUGCCCAGGACAGGACCACCGCAGGAGGCACCCGGCCCCUGGGGUCCAGAGAAGCUGGAAGGGAAACAAAGGCUUGGCUGCCUCCAAUGCCAGGGCCUCCCCACCACCCAGGUGGCUACUUCCUCCUGCAGCAGAAGCUUGACCGACAAGGACAGAGGCCCGCUCCACUGCCGGAGUGCACAUCCCUGCCCCGUCCUGCACCUUGCAGAACCAGCCCCGAAUUUCCUGUCCAGGACACUGUGGCCCUGCCACAAACUGUACCACCUGCACCCUGAGCCCCCGCCCAGCCUCAGUAUGCAGGGCUGUCAACCAGGGAACACACCAUGCUCAGCCAGGACAGGAGAGGCAAACCCGGCCCCCACCCUAACCCUAACCCCCAGGAUCGCCCUCAGGUAACGACCUCAUCCCUGGGCCAAUCUCCUCUUCAUAGAGCCUGGUGACCACUCACCUUGCAAAAGCCCCAGCUCAGAGUGCUCCAGACCUGGGGACGCUGAGAUCCGGUCAUGACAGGAGUAGCAGCUUUGCCCAGCCUUCUCUGUGUACUGGCCUUUCUGGUGCCCUGGACAGGGCAGGCAGGUGUCCUGGGUCAUAGGUGCAGGUGGGGCGGUGUGACUCACCCUGAGGGACGGGAGCCACUGGCCCAGGUGCUGCCAGGUGAAAGGCCCC